AUGACUGUUGGGUUGAUGAUCGAGACAACCAUUGGGUUCUUGGUCACUUUGAAGAGAGAAAAGUAUUUCUUUGAGAGCUCUGCUGCCAAAACGCGUUUACUGGGGAAGAAAUCAAAUGACAAGUUCCACAGCGUGUCAAUUGAAGCGUGCGUUUUCGAGUGCAGUGAUAGUAUAUUGGAAGAAACAUUCAAAGUCACACCGCUUGUCCAUUUCAAGCUCAAAACCAGAAGAAUGAAUGCUGCAAUGACGCUGGUUUGA